AUGUAAAAUAGCAUUGAUGAAUUCGAAUUUAGAAUGAAUGAGUUUUCAGAACUUUUGAAAUAGGAUUUAUUUACAAAAGAUGGUAAUCAGAAAUUACAAAAUGAUUGUAAAUAUUUUGCUAAUCUUUUUGCUGAUUUACUUAGAGAAAAUUAUAAAUUGAAAGAUUAGAUCAUUGAGCAUUUAAGAUAAAUUUCAGGUAAUGUAGAAUAUUAAAUAAGUUUACAGAGAAGAGCUUUAAAAGAUAACAUUUGAUGUUAAUUAAACAACUAAUGAAGAUAGAAAAUUUUCAAAAGAUAUGGCAUCUAUUGAAUUGUUGGUAAAAUAUUUGGUUGAAGAUUAAAGAUAUUUUUAUGUUGAAAAAGAAAAAAUGUUAAAUGCUAUGAAAUUAAAGGAAGAGGAAUUUUUAAAACUUAAAGAACUACAUCUUUUAGAAAUUAAGGAUAUUGAAUAAUAAUAUCAGAAUCAAAAAAAUAAAUGGAAAAAUAGAUUUAGGUAAUAAGUCUAAGAUGGUUAAGAUAAUAUUUAAUAAAUAAGACUAUUAGAAGAAAAAAUAUUAUAGUUAAAUUAAGAAAUAGAACUUCAUUAGUAGAAUAUAUAAAGUUAUGAAUCUGAAAUUACUAGAAAGGAUUUAAAAAUAUAAUAUUAUUAAAAAUUAGAAUAAGAGUUUUAAUGCAAAUAAACAGAUAUUGAUAUUAAACAUGAUUUUGCUAUGAAAGAAUUAUAAAAAAAAUAUAGAAAUGAAAUGAAAGAAUAAAAAAUAUAAUAUGCAAAUAAUUAAAAACAAUUACAAAAUAACUAUGAAGACAAGUUUUAAAUAUUAUAAAAAAAUGCUGAAGUAUAUUAAGUCUAAUUAGAAUAAAAAACAAAUGAAUUUUUGAAAUUAUCAAGUGAAUAUGAUGCUUUAAUUUAAUUAUAUAAAGAGAGUAAAGAAAAAUAUACUCUUGUUGUUUAGGAUUUAGAAAAUUAAAUUGAAAUAUCAAAAAAUUAAAUUAUACAACUAACAGAAUAAUACUCAAAAUUAAAAGAAGAUCAUGAAAUAACUAAAGCAUAACUUAAAAGUUCUAAAGAUGAAAUUAUUAGAUAAGCAAACGAAAUUUAGAGCUAAUAAAAAGAAAUUAAAUCUCUAUAAUUAAAUGUUUAAAAUUUAGAAAAUAGAAUGAAAGAAAAAGUAGAAAGAUUUUAGAGAUUAUAAGAAUAAAUGAAAGUUGAUCAUAAUAAAUAAAUUUAGAAAAUAAAGGAAGAAAUGGAGAUGCAAUCAGAUAAUAGAAUGAAUUAAUUGUAAAAAAAUGCAUAAGAAUAAUUUGAAUUCUUAAAUAGAUAGAAAAAUGCAGAAAUUGGUAAAUUGAAAGUUUAAUUGGAUUCUUCUAUUAGUAAAUUUGAAUAAUAUGAAUUAAUACAUAAAGAUCACAUAGCUAAGUUAGAUUUAUAAGCAUAAUCUAAAUAGAUGGAAUUUAAUGAGAAAUUAAACAAAUUAAAAGAAGAAUAAUAAGUUAAAGAACUUACAAUAAAAAAUAAGGAUAUAGAAAUAUAAUAAUUAUAAGUUUAAGUUUAAGCUUAAGUUAAUGAUUUUAAAAUUUAAGUUAAAUAAAUAGAAACUAAAUUUCAAGAAGAAAUAAUAUUAUUAAGGGAUGGAGUUGAAAUAUUAAUUAAAUCAGCUAAAAAACCAUUAGAAGAUAAGAUUUUAAAUUUAACAGCAUCUUGUGAAUAAAAGUAAUAUUAAUUAGCUAAUCUAUAAAACUAAUUAAAUUAAUUACAAUCUAAGUAUAUUGAUUCUGAAUAGAAGAGUCAUGAAAGAAUUACUUAAUUAUAAGAUGAAAUGAAUAUGUCUAUAAAUGUUUUUAAUAAAAUGAAUGAUAAUUUAACAUAAAAACUAUAAAAGAUGAUGGAAUAAACAACAUAAAUUUAAUAACACUAUUCUGUAUUGAGUGAACAAAUAUAAACAAGGAAUAAUGAAAUUAUAUCUUUAAAAUGUGAAAUGAAAAAUAAAGAGCUUACAAGAUAAUAGGAGAAUCAUAAACAUUAAAAAGUAGUGAAAGAAUUACAAAUUUAUAUUGGUAAUUAAGAAUAAGAAUUAACAAAAUCUAAGAAUUAAUAUAUAGAAUCACUUGGAAUUACAUAAGAAUUAAAUAAUAAGAUUUAGAAUCUUAAUUAACAAUAUUAACAAGAAAAAACAAAUCUUAUUCAAGAGAUUGAGAAAAAAUAAAAAGAAAUAAUAGAAAGUUAAGAAGAAAUAAUAUUAACAAAAUAAAAUGCAUUAUAAUAGUAGUAAAUAUUAGAAUAGAGAUUAUAAACUUCAUAAACUAAUUUUGAAUAAAAAUUAAAGAUUUUGGAAGAAACUUAAAUAAAAAUAGAAAAGAUUGAUUAAGAAUAAUAAACAGAAUAUUAAUCUAAAAAUGUUUAAUAAGGUUAAGAUAACAAAUUAUUAGUUUAAUUUAAUAAAGAUAAUGAUCCAGAAUAUUAAGAAGAAUUAAUAGAAUUAGAACAAAAAUAUUAGAAAGAGAAGGCUGAAAUGAUAAUAAGAUAUGAAUAAAUAAUUGAAUAAUUAACUUAAUAAGAUGGAAGUGAUCAACAUUAGGAAUAGAGAAAACCCAUAAUAUAAAUAGUUGAAAAAAUAGUUUAUAAAGAAGCACCAAAAAAAGAGGGUCCAAUUUAAGGAUUAGAUGUAAUAGUAAAAUAAUGUUAAAGAGAGUUGGAAGAAGAAAAAGAAAAGGCUUAAACAGAAAGAUAAGAGAGUUAGGCAUAUGUUAAUUAAUUAACUCUUAAAUUUUAGAAUAUUUUAAAAGAGAAUGAGAAAGAAGUAGAAGAUAUGAAUGAAUAGAUUUAACUUUUAAAAAAUUAAAUUGCUUAAUUGAAAAAAGAUAAUAAUAUGUUAAAAUAAGAUAUUAUUGAAUAAGAAUUAAAAUAUCAAUUAUAAAUACAGUAAAUGAAAGAAUAAAGUGAUGUAUAAUUAAAUACAUUAACAGAAACAUGUAAUUAAGAAAUAGAAGAGUACAGAAAGAAAUAUGAAGAGAAAUAUGUUUAAUUUGAAUAAUUAAGAAGAUAAUAUUAAGAAAGAAUGGCAAGACCAGAUGAUACAGAAACUAUUUAACGAUUACUUAAAGAUCAUUAAGAACUUUAUCAUUUAGUUGUAAAUGCUUAUGAUAAAGUAAAAGAAGCAGGAGAUAUAAUUAGAUACUUAGAUUUGGAAGUUUAGAAUUAUAAAAAAGUAAAUGAUAUUUUUGGAGGACCUUAAAUUGCAUCUCAACCACCUCCUAGUUUAAGUACAUAAAAAAUGCUUUAAAGAGUAGCUUAAAUUAAAUAAGAUUUAGAAGUCACAUAAAAUAAAAUAUAAUAAAAAAAAUCUGAUAAUACUUUAGCAAGAGAAAAUACAAAUAAUUAAGAUGAAAGAUAAUUAUCACAUUUAUCAGAUUAUUCAGAAUUAAACUCUAGAUUAUAAUUAGAUUAAAAAUUGCCACCAAAAAGAAAAAAACUACCAAAAAUGAUGACAUCAAUGAGAUCUAAUUUGAGUGAUGCUUAACCAUCUUCUUAAAAUUAAACAUCAAGGGUAGUAGAAGAAAAAUCGGAAGUACCUUUAUUUAAAUUUGAUUAAGAUGAUUAAGUAAUUGUUGAGGCACCAGUAUCAUUUAAUGCUUUUGUAGAUUAAAGACAACAUGGAAGUUAAAUGUCAUAAUAAAGGUAGAAUAAAUAUACAGUUUAUAUUGAAAAAAAGAAAAAAGAUAUGAUUAAUAUUUCUGAUAUUGUUUAAUAAUAAUAAGUAAGUCCAGCAGAAUCAAGAUAUACAAGAAGAAGGCAAGAAUAAUAAUAAUAAUAAUAAUAGUAAUAAUAGCCAAAAAAGUUUGUUCCUUAUUACUUAAGAAAUCCAGAAGUUCAACCCAGAUAUAAAUCUUAAAAAAAAGAUUCUUCUUUUAAAUUUAAUUGA